AUGAUGUUUGUCAUGAUUGGAACUGCUAUAGGUCCACAAUCGGCUUCAAACUAUGUUUUGCUUGUACGGUUCUCGUUCGGGAUUCCAUGGAACAUCGUCCUAGGGCUUGCCAUGAAGAUUGUUCCGCUUAGCUCUCGACACAUCGACGCUGCCAUCUACACCCUGUCAAAAUGGCUUUGGAGACCGAAGAACAAGGGAAGACUGCAAGAUGUGUUGAAGUCUGUUGUUGAUUGGAAGGAGAAAGCAACCGAGGUAAAACUAGGUUUUGACGGACGUUGA